CCGCCGCACGCCGCGCCGCCGCUUGUUCGGCAGCCAUGUGGGCGGUGGCUAGUCGGCUGUGGGGUCUCCGCGGGAAGCUCCGGGCGCUGCUCGGCGAUCGUCACGCGGCGCUCCGUCUGGGCGGCGCCCAAGGCCUGCACGGCUCCCCGGUUCCCUGCGGCAAGAACCUGCUCAAGAAAUUUGCCUCAAAAACUAAAAAAAAGUUUUGGUAUGAAGGUCCUUCCUUGGGCUCUCACUUGGCUUACAAGCCAUCCCAGUUGGAAUUCCUAACGAAAAGUACCUCAAAGAAAACCAAGAAAGAAGACCAUGUGCGUCUGAGGGCCCUGAAUGGCCUCCUGUACAAAGCGCUGACCGAUUUGCUGUGCACCCCUGAAGUGAGCCAGGAGAUCUGUGACCUGAACGUGGAGCUCUCCAAGGUCUCUCUGACUUCAGACUUCUCAGCCUGCCGCGUGUACUGGAAGACAACGCUGUCUGCUGAGCAGAACGCGCACACACAGGCUGCCCUACAGAGGAGUGCUGCACAUAUGAGGCAUCUUUUGAUGUCCCAGCAGACCCUGAGGAAUGUACCACCGAUAGUGUUUGUUCAGGACAAAGAAAAUGCAGCUCUAGCUGAGGUUGAUUGGUUACUGGCAGUUGCUGACUUUGGACCCCCAGAUGAAAAAGACAACUUUAUGCACAGUGAUUUCAGCAGGGACCCCGAGGCCCAGAAUGCCCCAUCGCUGUGCGACACUCCAGGCCCUGCAAUGCACUCGAGUGUGUGUGGGAUCAAUCAUGAGGCGCUCAACAAGCAGAUCAUGGAGUACAAGAGGAGGAAAGAGAGAGGGCAUGGGAGUGUGAGCCUGGAGCAUGUGGCUGAGCUGACAAAGCAAAUGAAAAAGAGGAAAAAGACCAAGCCCCGCAUUGACGAGGACCUCUCCCCCAAGAACCACCUGUGGGGGACGGCAGGUGAAGACGACCUGGCCGACAGCAGGGCCUGUCUGGGGGAACAUAGCCUGGGACAUGGGUGGGAGCUCCCAGAAGCAGAGCAGGAACCACAGGUGGAGAGAGGCGGCAACAGAAAGGAGUGAGGUGACCGUUAGAGAUCACGAGGCAUCAGCUCUGCCGACUUGACCUGUCUGUGCGAGAGGAACUCUGCUGUGAGAAAAGAUACGUUUCUAGCGUUCCACAGGAAAGCCUUGGUGUGAGGUGCAUCCGUUAUCAUCUCUGAGCCUCCCUGCCUCACUGCUUUGUUCCUGGGAGGAGGGGGGGGGACCUGUGGAAACUUCAGGAAUCAUUUUGGUGGAUGGCAACGCAGUUAAUCCUCAUUGUUUGCAGGUUCCAUAUUUGCAAGUUUGCCUAUGGACUAGAAUCUCUUUGUAACCACCCAGUCAGUACUCGUGGCACUUUCACGGUUGUUCUCUGACGUGCACAGAGAGGUGAAAAUUGGAGUCAUGUGAUGCACACAUUGCCAGUUAAGUUCAAACACGGCAGCGCUCUGCCUUCUGGUUCAUCUCAUACUAUAAACAGCUGUCCUUUUCACAGU